AGGAAAUCGACCCGCAGGAUGUGGGAUUCACGGUAUCAUAAGUUACGCGGGGUGCUGAGGCCCUGAGUACUUAUAAGGUCCGUGGCAUGUUUGCGUCCUAUCGUGCUGAGGUGCCUUGAAGCAGUCAAAGAUCUUUGACCGGUCGACCCUUGCCAAUUGGCAUGCUACUUUAUCAUGGCGCUGUUGCUGAAGGCCUGAUGAGUCACGCUUGACCCUGAUUGGAAUUGUUAUAUAUUCUGCCUACCAGGCGCGGCGCCGUGCUCGACACUACUAGCGCCUCAAUCCGACUCUCUCUUAAACAUGAUGUCACAAACCUUCAUUCAUCUCUCAACCAUCCUCCAGUCCCAGAAUCUGACAGGGUUCGCGCUAGCAUCACUAGUGGCUUCUUGGGUCUACGAUUGUUUCCUAACAUUGGACCAGGAGGUAUCUUUGAUUCAUUGGCCACGGUGGAGGAAAGGAAGUAUUCUUUAUAUCAUGACGAGAUACCUGCCAGCCUUGAUGUUCUCUGUACAAUUAUGCAUGAACUAUCUCCCGAAUGAAAAAAUUGUGACUUGUAACAUUCUACAGUCAAUGUGGUAUGGUGCUGCUGCAUUGUGCAUGGCUGGUGCAGAAGGUAUCUUCAUCCUUCGUACCUAUGCAUUAUGGGGACAAAAGAAAUCCAUUCUGGGCCUUAUGUUGUCAACGGCACUCUGCCUGGCGAUCUUGAACGUGAUGAUAGCACUGAAGGUUUGGAACCAGUCGGAACACCAACUAUCAGACAUAGCAUUUGAGCUUGAGGUCAUCGUACUCACCAUGAUUCGUGUAUAUUGGUCAUACCGCGAAAGAAGGUGUCUGCUGCUCGAUAUCCUUCUACAACACAACAUUUUCUACUUUGGAGCUGGGCUAACACUAUCUGUGAUCAAUCUUUUAGCCAUUGAAUGGAAACCCGAAUCCAACUCAAUAUCGGCUGGGGGUCGUGAUCCUUUUUUUACGCAGUUCAACUCCUCAAAUAUGUUUGCAACAUUUCAAAUCGUCAUGCAUACGGUCCUCGUUACUCGGAUGCACCUACAGUUUUGCAACACCGUUUGCGACUCCCCUGAGCCCGGAACCACAUCACACUCUCAAUUGACAAAUAUUGAACUUCAGACGCGUUCGCAUUCGAAUGCAUGAUGAUUCAAUGGAAUCUGUACAUUUCAUUUAGACGU